AUGUCCUCUUUGAGGCUUCCACACGAUCGUCGCCAGAAGCUCUGGUCUCGUAUUCCAGACUUAAUCACUGACGCUGGGCUCAGGACCCUAAAGCCUGGAACGUCUAAGUUCACACUGAGCCCUACCCGGGUGCGCAGCUGGCCAGACUUUGCUAAAGAAGUCAAGGCUCUCGUAGAGCCCUACUGCGGUAAAUACGAGGCCUUCAAUUCUAUUGUAGCCAAGGAGUUUUUCACCGUGGCCAAUGAACUGGGAGUACAGGGUCGCUUCGUCAAUAAUGUACUGCACCCUGUUGGGGAGAAAGGGCAGAAGCGAAAGCGCGGCCUACAGAAGAUCAAGAAGGCAAAGUCGAAACUCAUACCCGAUAUAGUAAUGGUGGAUCGCAAGACACAUACUAUCAGAGUAGUGGGCGAGGCUAAGACAUUCUGGACAUUCGCACCGAAGAAACGCCAGACCUGGCACAAUUUCCUGUCCGCUAAGCUAGGUCAGGUAGCACGCUAUAUGGACGACCACUACUGCCGCUAUGGCUUUCUUACAACCUAUGAACAUACGUGGUUUGUCAAGCGUCAGGAUGAUACCCACUUUCUCAUGUCUCCACCUAUAAGCGCAACGGCGCAAUCGUCUGCGUACGGCGUUUCUCUUCGCGAAUGUCUCUUCGCCACGGCAAUUAGAGCUGCGGAUGACAAAAAAAGCGACUACGGUGUCCGAUGUGGACCGCAGUUGACACUUCGUCGAUACACACCUUCUUUGAUCGGACGGUACUCGCGCAGGCAUGGAUUGAUUGAAAGAUAUUCUUAUACUCAAUUUCUAUGA